UCGAAGAGCGGGGCUCUUGGUCAGCGUAUGUCGCGCGCGUUUGCGACUGUCCAACGUUCUGAAAAUAGCUGGAACGUUGAACGUCGGAGACUCUAGAGACCGGGGCAGCCUGUGACCCGGUUCAUGGGCGCUUGUUCCCCAAUGUCUCCUUCGGCCGCCCACCGACAUCGAGUACCGCACUUCCCCUCCAGCCUCCCGCUCCCACUCUGAACGGUCUUGAGAUUCCCGGCGACUGAACAACAAUCAUUUCUCGUGCUCCCGCACGGAACUGGACUCAUCUGGGCCUGGUGACUGCAUCCUAUGAGUGAGAAAAGAUCGUCGGAGUACCUGUUCGACUCGGUUGCACUCAAUGAGUCUCUCCGACGAAAUAAGGCGGUCGUCUGUGCCGUCUCUGCCAGCUACAUCUCGACCUUCGCGGGCUACCCUCUUGACUCGAUCAAGUCCCGCCUUCAGACCAUCCGCACGCCGGUCACUGUGCCCAAGCUCGCGAUCCAGGUCUACAGGGAGGAGGGAGUCGUCGGGUUCUACCGCGGGCUAUGGAUUCCACUCAUGACUAUCUCGUUCGUCCGUGCGGCGAGCUUCACGAUCUACACUCGCACGAAGGAGUACUUUCACGACCGCCACUGGCCAGCACAGAGCACAGUGUGGAGUGUGGCAUCGAUAGGAGGUAUUGGGGGUGCAUUGAGUGGAUCGCUCAUCUCAUUCGGGAGCGCACCCUUUGAACUCGUCAAGGUUCGGCGACAGCUAGAAUACUCCAUCGCCGCUAGUAAAGGCGUACGAAUAGUCAAAGCCCCGGGUACGCUCGAUGCGGUGAAGGAUAUCUUCCAGCUGUAUGGCCUGCGGGGACUGUAUAUCGGGUUCCGUCUCCAUUUUGUGCGCGACACGAUGGGGACAGGACUGUACUUCUUUGAGUAUGACGGCAUGCGCCAUCUGAUGGGUCGUCUGUCAUCGGGAGAGCAAGGCCCCACGCCGCACUGGAUGCCAAUCCCUCCAUCGGUUGUGCCAUUCAUGUGCGGCUCGCUAGCGGGAGUCACUUCGUGGGCUCUCAUCUACCCUCUUGACGUUGUGAAGACCAAGGUGCAGCAGCGUGCCUUGGCCGGGGAGAAGAAACGGGGAGUACUUGAGACUCUACACCGGCUCAUACGAGGGCCCGACCCGAACUCGCCAAAACCAAUAGUGCUCGGCCUCGCGCGGCUGUAUCGUGGACUGGGAGUGAGCGCGCUGAGGAGCAUCACGACUCAUGGACUGCUGUGGACCUUCUUCGACCUUACCGCAUCGUACAUUGACAACUUGCCGCGUGCGCCGGAUGACAAUACAUAGAGCGUGUCAAAUAACUGGGGUGGUUCGGCCGAUGAACAACUUUCCCGAGAGGCACAGGCUAUUUAUCUGACUGGUGGUGGCGCAUAUAUAUAGCCACACCACAUCAUCAGGUAACAUGGUCACCGGCCGGUGUACAUUCUCUCGACCAUUGAGCAACCGGUCAUGCGAAACCAGACUACUGAAGGUUUUGAAGUGCAGAUACACACAGGUUCGCGCCUCAGGCCGAGAU